AGUCUCGGCGGUUCGGCAGAAGGGCAGGACCGCGUCCCCGGAGCUGCCUCAAGCAGCUAGCUCUUUAUUCAGACGGAGCAGUUUCUAUAUUUGGUUUAAACGCCAAAGAGAGGCGGGUUGAGUUUCGCCACUGAGGUUGCUCCAAGACCGCAUGUGGAAAUCUGCGUCUGAAUCCGGAGGAAACGCAUCCAAGAGAGAGAAACCUGCCGACCCCCUCAGAGAAAGUGACGGACGGAGCAGAGCCUGAUCGCCGGGAUUUUUUUGCAUCAGUUUAGGAUAUUUCAGGCUGCUGCUUUGGCCCUGCCUGGAUUUCGUUCAGGGUAUAUCAACACAAAAAUUGCCUGAAUCAUAUUCCUAAACAUUUACGUUUGCAAUCUACAUUUUUUAAAAAAUUGUCCAUAAGAAGGAGACGGACCCAUGCGUAAUAACAGCGCUGGAUUUUUGGAAUACUGCAUAAAACAGUCCAGUUUUUCAUUGUUUGGAAGUAUUCUCAAGCGACAGAAAAGAGCGAGUGUUUCUUUUCACUUUGCUUUCAGAGGUUAAGCGCUGAAAAACGAGAAGCGCUUCUCGGUGCGCAAUCCUUCCGAGGACGCUUCUGAGAGACUCCGCCGACCUGCGCUCUUAACCUCCACACUCUAUCGGCAGCCAAGUCGAGCUAAUAAAAGGGUGGGGGGAAGAAAGGAGGCGAAGCUUAUUAACUUUGCAUGCUCAAGGCGAGAUUGUGGAAUCUUUCAUUUUUGCAUACCACUGGAAGACGAGGAUAAACUUAAUCAGCAUUGAAUCUUUGCAGAGAAGCAGCAGCAGCAGCAGCAGCUGGAUUUCUGGGGGGAAGCGGAAUGAAUCCUUUUUAAUUUGGCCCAAAGAAGAAUGAGGCAGAUUGCUUAACGAUUGCAUGGAGUUCUAGUCUGUAAUAAGGAACAAUUUAUGGUUGUCCGCAGAACUCCCCCGGUUGUAAUACUGUGCCCACCUCGCCAUGCUGGCCUGUCUGCAGAGAAGGCAGAACCCCCCGCCCCAGCACCCGGUGUGUGCCAGCAAGAGCUUGGAGCCGCCGCAAGUCCUCGGACGGAAAUGUGACCUGGUGGUACCUUCACCUUCCUCACGGUACCCUACAGCAGCAGAACUUGAUGCUUAUGCUCAGAAGACGGCGAACAGCCCGCUGUCCAUCAAGAUUUUCCCCACCAACAUCAGGGUUCCCCAGCACAAGCACCUUAACCGGACUGUGAAUGGAUAUGAUACCACAGGGCAGCGCUACAGCCCUUACCCCCAUCUCCACACAGGAGGGUACCAGGGUCUACUUGCCAUUGUCAAGUCCUCAUCACCGUCGUCCACCUUUGGUCAUUCUAAAGGUGUUCUCAAGAACUCAGAAGGCAGACGGACUAAACUCUCUCCAGCUCACAUAGCUGUGGCCCCGUAUCCACCGCCUAAUAGUAGCACUUUAGCCAGCAGUCAUGGCCAAAUGGUAUACCACUCUGGGCCCUCAAAGCCUCCAGAUGGCUCUGGACAUUCAGUACCCCCAAAUGUCACUGUGGCUGGCUCUGUGAUUCCUGUAACCGGGGGCCGAGGCCUGUCCCUGCCUGCACAGUCAAAUCUCCCCUCCAUUCAGAGUAUCAUCUAUCAGAUCAACCAACAUUGCCAGGCUCAGGCCCUGCAGCAGGUGUGUCAGGGGGCUUCCACUGCACCAACAAAUUCCAGCCCCUCCAAGCAGGUCACAGCAGUCAUGGGGGUCGGUUCGAGCUCCUCAGGUGGAGGCUAUGUCGUAGGAAUGGGUCCCCAGGCUAACAUGGUGUACACUGGAUCAGGGCUGCCAGCGCAAAGUGCAGAAGUAAUGAAGAGCGGCGUGUACGCAGAGGGUAUGGACUACAUCCUGUGGCAGAAACAACAACAGCAACAACACCAACAGCAGCAACAACAGCAGGCCGUCCUCCGCAUGUACAGCGGAGGCAGCGGAGGAGGGGGCGCCAUCAGCAAGUCCCCCGAAACCUGCAUUCCAGGUGGGGGAAUCAUGGCGGCCCAGGUGUCCUCCUCGUCCUCCUCCAGACCUUACCACCUGACAGCGAGCGCCAGCGGCGGGGGCGGGCUUGACAAAGUCAGCUCUUCCCCUUUGAACUGUGUGGGCAUGCACGGGAAUUUCUCAGUGGGUCAGUACUUUGCACCACCGUGGAACAGUGUGCUGGUGACUCCCGACAGUGACUGCUACAACCCCCAGGAGCUGCUGGGCACCUCCACGGGAGGCCCGGCGACGGGCCACAGAGAAAUGGGCUAUCCUCACCACCAUCACCACUACCACCAUCACCACCACCACCCCGCCGUUGACAGCGGUGGGGGUGUGUGCUGCAGCCUGCCCAGCAAGAGUCUGUGCAACACCUCAGUGCUGAGCAGCAGCCUGCAGUCUCUGGAGUAUCUGAUCAACGACAUCCACCCUCCCUGCAUCAAGGAGCAGAUGCUCGGCAAAGGCUACGAGACUGUGUCGGUGCCGCGGCUGUUGGACCACCAGCAUGCACACAUCCGCCUUCCUGUUUACAGAUAGAACGGACGGGUGGGAGGGAGGAGAGGAGGAAAUUAAUCAAGAAUUGUGAAUUUAUGAAGAAAAUCAAGACAGAGAUGUUACGGGACUGUUGUGAGUGCCACAGCUUUAACGAUCGUGGCAUCUUAGAGAAGAGCAGUUGCUGUGCUGUGUAACCGUAGAUUUUCUGGUUUCAAAGCAGGCUGUGGGGAAUCCCUAACACAAGAGGCAGUAGUUACUGCCAGCGGGAUGGAAAAGGGAUUCCAAGAUUCUCCUGAUGUUCCAUUGUGUGGUUUGCCAAUAGGAUUUUUGGAUUAAUAUUUUUUUUUUUUUUAUGCUUUGUUGUUUUAUCUUCUUAAACUGUUUUUUUUUUUUUUUUAUGAGAAUCAUAGCUUGACAUGAAGUGCAUACGCCACUUGUAUCUCCUCUCCAAAUACUAAGGAUGAAGCUACUGUGUAGGUUGUCACUGAAAUGGUCUUAAAGGGCCAGCGCUUAGGGCUGCUUUUAAAACCCAAAAUUCAGUAACAGUACAUACGUACAAAAAUGUGCUGAAAAAACCAGAGGAUUACUAGCAGUUCUAGGCUGUUCUUAUAAAAAGGAUCACAAGGUUGAAUCUAAAAGGGUAGUACAAUAUUAGUUAUUGUUGCUGUUAUAAUUGAUAAAUUAAUUGCACUGCUUGAAUUUUGUUAACUUUGAAGUUUGGAAUUGGGUAGUUUGGAUAUGAUAUAUUUAAGAAACUUGAAAAACUUGAACCUAUUUUUUGUUGUUUGAUAUAUUUGUAGGUAUAUUAUAUGUAUUGGCUGCUACAAGGAAAAGUGUCUCAACUGUUUUUUUUUUUUGUUUUUUUUUAUCGUAUUCUAUUGUUUUCCCUUUUUUCGUCACUAUGAUUUAAAAUUUCCUCCUUAAGCUGACGUGCGGUCUCUUAUGUUCUGACGUGAGGCAGAGUUGCUGCUUUGGUUCUGUGAGAACCUGAACGGAGAGCUCUUUUUUUUUUUUUUUUUUUUUUCCCUAACCGACACUGGAGCCGACAAUAAAUUUCAAAAUACUUAUUUAAAAGAAAAAAAUGUUGCAAAAAAUAUGAAAAACAAACAGAAAUGUUACAGUGAAGAAUGUGACUGGGAGGGAACAGAGAUAACCUUAUGCAUACGGUAGCUUGUAAAGGAGACGUUUGACAUUUUCGCUUUUCUUCACAGUUCGACCCCAAACCUCAGAGGUUUUAUUUUGAUUCCUGUUUCAGAUCAACACAACGUUGUGCCUAAUUGGGAACUGAUUUAACUUAUUACACUUAUUCUUUCCAUGUAGAAGAAAAGCAUACCCAUACGAUGAAGCUGCCACCACAAGAGCAUGUUUACUGUGUCCCAUACACAGCUUCUGCCAAACUGCAGAUGAGAUCUGUUUUGGCUUUUUUUUUUUCCAGCAAAGGGUUUCUUCUCAUUACCCUUACACAGAGUUAAUUGUCUUGUUACCAGAUUUUGAUCUCUACAGCUCCUCCAGAGUUAACAUGGAUCUCUUGGCUGUUUUAUUUUAUUAGUGCUCAGUCCUCUGUGACUCUUUCCAAAUUAAGAAUGUUGUUUUACAAUCUAAAUUUCCCAUCAGUCAUUCUUUGACCUACCUGUUAUAUUCCUGGUCUUCAUGUUUGUGUUCAAAUGUUCUCAAAAAAGUCAUUUUUGAGGUCUUGAGCAGAUGACUGAAACGGAAUUAAACACAAGAGGCUCAAAAAUAUUUGACCUUUUCCUUUUUACAUCACAAUCAUGCACUACUUUGUGUUGAUCUAUCGCAUAAAAUCUCAAUAAAACGCCUUGAAAUUUGUGUUUGUAACACGAAAAAUGGUUUUAAUGUUAAAGGGAAAACCUUUACAAGGCGCUGUAUGUUGAAGCGUGUAUGCGGCAGAGUGCAUGUGUGUUUGUACCUUCUUAAUUUGCGUUCUUCAAAAUCCUCAGACUUUUUUAUUUUAUUGUGUGAUUACCAGACUUUUCCAGCGAGACUGACCGACUGACUCAGCAGUCCCAUAAACAUUAUGACAAACAUUAUGACUGAGUUAUGUACAGGAGAUAACUUGCUCCUUUUUAUUGGAGGCUUUAGAUUUUCUGUGCAGGUGGAGUCAUUUGACUCCUUUAUUGCUGCACUUACAGCAGCUGUGAAAACAAAUUAGAUCGUACUUUUGGGGUACUUUAUUGUUGCAAACGAGUACAAAACGAAAACAAUCAUGCCCUGUCUUUUUUUCUUUGUUACCCAUUUCAGCUACGGGUGGGGGUGCAGUUGGCCCGGGCCAGUCUUAACUUUGAUGAUUCAGAGCAGUGAAAUAUUCAUUAUGACUGUGAGAUUUCCCCGAAUGUACUGCACUUAAAUCACCACAAUAUUUUGUUGCCUUGUGGGACCCGAGCGGGUGAGAAACAUUGUAUCAGUGCAGCGGCUCUCUGGUCUUAAAUUAGCAUUUCUUUUGUCAGUCAAAUUUCAGCGGCAAAUUGAAUUUAUUAACUGGACAGAAUGAGAGAACGGGGAGCUUUGUUGUGGAGAAAUACUGGCAUCGGUCUAGAUUUAUGAAGUGCAAUUAUAAUGACUGUAUUAACAUUUUUUUCUCUGAGCUUACACCAAAAAAAAAAAAAUGUAAACUACAGUUUUCAAUACAUUCCCAAUGUACCACAUCCCCAAUCUUUAUCUCUGGUUUCUUUGUUUUGAUUUGUUCCAAGGUGUAAAAUAAAUUCCUUUAAGAAUAUAUUCAGAAGCCAUACCUUGGCUAUGAAGUCUGAUUAUUUUUCUUCACACUUGCUCUCUGGAGGCCAGUGGGAUCCUGGGCCUUUGUUGUAGUAGAUCUACUAGACCCGUAAUGUAAUCUGACGUGUGAUUCCUUAUUGGUUAGAGCUAUGUAUUUUUGAUGGAUUUUCUAAAUGUUUAGACUUUGGUCAUCCCGAGAGAAAAGGAGAAAGAGUGCUGCCAGAAAAAGUUGUUUUUUUUUUCCUUAAAUAAAACUCUUGUAUGGAUUAUGGAAGAAAACAGGGGAGACUAAAAGGUGGAAUAGGAAAUUAAUAUCCUUUUAUUGUUACUUUUUGCAAAAAACUCUCCAAACUCUCAUCGUUGCAUGUCGAACUACAGCUGAUUCAGGUUUUUGAUGGCUGACAGAUAUUUCAGACUUGAAGAAUAAAAGCCUCUUGGCUUAAAUUUGCAUAGUAAAACCUCAACAUUGCAGAGAUGCAUCAUGUUUCAGCACCCAAAUUCUUUAGCCGCAGUCUGAUUUCAGCAUAUUUUCUGCGUGGUGGAAGUAUUUUUGACAGAUUUACACAUACGUCCCAUGCCCAAAUCCUUUCCGUUUGACUUCUGUGUCCAAGCAUUAAACCGCGUCACAUGAUGUUGCAGUGAAAAGGGAGAUGUUUUAAGGCAGUGGAGUUUCUAGCGUCUGUGUAUCUCCCAUCCCCCUCCCCCAGUGGAGAUCUGAGGCACCAGGCCUCCUCAGCUAACGGAAACGUUAGGUGACAUCUUGGCUACUGGACAUUGCCGUUCGAGAUUGUUAAUCCAAAAUAGUUGACUGAAAUCAAGGGCACAGUUGUGAAGAGAAAAAAAGAGAUUUGAUUUCAACGUUUUACAUAAAUUAAAUUCUAAAAAGUGUGUUGUGUAUUCUCAUUCAUACCAGCUGAGUCAACGCCGUGUGGAGACUGAGACUGUCCAUGCUUUGCACAGGGCCUCUGUGAAUUCGAAUCUUGCUGCAUAUUUCCAAAUUGAUUUUGGUCUUGACUUUGACUGGGCCAUUGAAGUCCUUUGAUCAUACCCACUUGUGUUAGCUGUGUGUUUAGGAUUGUUGUCAUGCAGGGAUGUGAACCUCAGACUCUACCAGACCUUGUGUCUUUUUCCAUCUCUCUCCCCCCCGACUGUACAUAGCUUCCCUGAAGAAAUGCAUCCCCACAAAGUGAUGCUGCUACCACCAUGUUUCACCCUGGGAAUGGUGUGAUGUGCAGUGUUAGUUUUUAGCAGCCAUGUGUGCAUGAGGACAAACAGUUGAAAUCCUUCCACAUAUCUGCAGUGCAGCCUAAUGAUGUGCACUGGAUUUUACUAAGAGGUAUCAAAGUAAAAGGAACUAAAUACAAAAUACACACCACACUUUUGAGAAUUGUAUUUAAGAGAUAAACAUGAAGCAUUUUUCUUCCACUGCUUUCUGCUUCUUUAUCAUCUAAAAGACAUUGAGGCUUUUGUUGUAGCGGGACUAAAAGGUGAAAAGUUCAAAGGCUCUGGCAAAACAUAACAAAACUGGCUCCACAAAUGAGAGUUUCAAAUCAUUUUUAUGCAACCCAGGCUGGUCCAGCAUCCCCCCCAUCACUUCUUCUUGAAGCACAGGCUCCCAACUGUCUGUCCCUCUGCUCCUUCACACACAUUAAUGAGCCCCUGUUGAAGGCACGCAUCUUAGCCCUGCAAUUCUGCUCCACUCCUCUGUUCCUCAUUCGGACAAUGGACGCUCAGCUCAUAUUAGGAUAAUAGAAUUAAAUUUCAAAUAGAUUUGUGCCUGGGCUGAUCCAGCCACGGCUCACUCAGCUGCAGAGGCAGAGUGGCAUAUGGCAGGUCAUUAUCUAAAGCCCACCCUUCCUCUACCCCCCUUACCCCCCCCCUUCCAGGGCCAACAGGGUUCAGCGGCGCUUAAACAAACCGAAGGUUAGGACUGGCUGUCUGGCUGGCGUCGGAGGGGAGGACAGCAGGGUCUGAGUGGUGGUGGUGGUUGGGAGGGAGGCGGGCGGGUGGUGUUGCUAUAUCACAGACGCCACAGCAUCUCUGAGGGCCUGAGUGCCGCACCAUGGCGCCCAGGCUUGUUUUAAAAGCCAGGCUGCGAUUGAUGGAGGGGGAUUUGUUUUCUGUUGGAUUAUACAUGCUCGCUCCCUGCUUGACUGAGGGGCCCUGUGCAAUCUGACAGAGAAAAGAAGGAAUGAAUAAAGAGGAAAAAAAAGGAAGGAUGCGGGUAAUUUUUGACUCACAAAAAGCCUCAAAGCAUUGGUAAUCAGGAUAAUUGACACUUUCCCUCAAAUCUUUGACUGGAGACUUAACGUGUCUCGGUUUUCUGCAGAAAAAUCCUCUAUUUUCACUAACCAGAGAAACAUUUCAACUCAUCUUGUUCUGCGAAUGAUUAAUCACAGCAACACCGCCUUCUGAUCGAGGACAUUUAAAUCUAUAACUUAUCUCUGAGGCUACAGACCGCUAUUGACUGCUAACACGUUUUCAAGGGCAAUGAGAGGCUCAUGGAGGAUGGUUGGAGGGCAAAGUGUAGGAAAAGUGACUUAUGCUGGCUGUAAAAAUCCCUUAGUAAAUCCCAAUAAGUCCAUUAAGACCUUUGCCCUGUGUAAAGGUUUAUAGUCGCAUAUUAUGCACCUUAAAUACUGCUGAGAAGCAAAGGGGGAAGCAGGCUCAGCUCUUUUGCUCUCAGAAUGAAGGGAGUGGAGGGAUUGAGGAAAAGGAAAAGGCAGCUGCUUGUCCUGUGGAGUGAUGGCGGCGCUUCUCCAACCUCCACACGACGGGUGUGGUGAGGGUCGACUCCAGUCAUGUCCCUCCUCAAUUGGGGCUCUUGUCUUCGAUCCUCCUCAGGAUCUGAGAUUGGAUGAAUUCAUGACACCAGUUCUCUCUGUUUCCCUCAUACCUGGCAGGAAAACACUUCCAUCAAUAAUUCACACGGUCCUGGAGAGAAUUGUAUCUCUAAACCACCAGCUGUAGCUGUGUUGCUCUAUAUGUCUUUGAAGAUGUGUUGUUUUUCUUCACAAAUCUCUGAGGUUAAAACUGUGAAGGCAUGGGCUUGUUAGUGGCACCAAGGUUUUCAGACGCUACAGUGAUGUUCCUAUAGUUUUACUGCCAGCAGAGAAAGGGACAUUUUCUCUCAGGCUCAAUGGAGAAAAACCUGCCCCUCCCACACAUGUUGCUGCACACUGUCUGUCAUCAGGCUGAAACAGGGUUUUACACUUCUCCUAGCUCAAGACAAAAAAAAAUAGGCUCUUAGGAAAUGUUUCUUUCAAAAAACAAAAACGAAAUGAAAUGCGCUUUACCAUCAUUCUUUGUAAUUUAACGGUGACUAUAAACUACAAAUGCUAGGAUCUGCUUGUAAACUACAGACAAGCUAUCCAAGCAGCUAAGUAUCGAUGCGUCAGGCAUGAGCGAAUCGCCUCUAAGAGACAAAUCUCCAGCUGCUUCUUCUCAGCUCUUCUGAGAGUCCAUAUGCAGGCAGGACUUUACUUUGAUCAGUGCAAGUGGCGUCUUUCUGUUUGAUGAUGAAGACAGCAAAUCUAAAUUCCUAAAUUUAAAAAUCAGGUAACGAGUAAAUCUGCUCAGAUACCUGUGAAUUUUUGCUCUGUUGUAAAUUUUAAGGUUUCACUAAAUUGCUGAACAAUAGUAAAAAGAAGAUGAUAAUAAUAAUAAUAAGAAGAAGAAAAUUUAUCUAAAAGCACUGAUUAAAAAAUGUGUAUCAUCACGAUAAGCACUUAAAAAAACAAAGAAGUUUAGCCUUUUUUAGGAAUCCACUUCAAAGUGCAAUAAUUAAAUGAUAAAAAUAUCAUACCUGUUAUAAUCAACCAGUACUGGAAGAGAUCAUGUCAUACAUUUUUUUAAAAUAUUUGUGUUUUUAUUGUGUACACCAGGGUAAUGUCUCUUAUAAGUUAGAGUCUGCUACGAGUUAUUGUUUGGACAGAUGUGAGCACCACAGAUGUUAAAUAUAAUUUUUUAUAAACUGUGCCAAGAGGCAAAAAAAAAAAAAACUUAACACACAAAGCUGAAUUUUUUUCCCCUAAAGCCACAACUUCACAGCAGGGUGUUCCCGGAGCUUACACCCGUUUUAUUUCUGUGUAUGUUUAAAUGAAAAAGCUUGUGACCUCCACAUAUUUGUCUAGUCUCUUACUGAAUACCAUCUAAACACAAAAGUCUGAGGAUUUUGCCCUUUUUUUUCUCUCUCUCUCUCUCUCUCUCUAUUUGGAUUCUUUUAUGGUUUGUGAGGCAGUUUCUGUGUUUUCGUCUUUUUUUUCCCAGAUGAUCUCAAGUGCACCAACGCUGCCAAAGUACGAGGGUGCCGCAACCUUGAGAAAAUAAUAUAUAUGGAAAUGGGAAAUCUAUAAAGCAUCUCUCUUAUUGUUUUCCCUGCAGUACUGUGUUUUAAAAAAAAUGGUUUUGUCUCCUCAGGAUGAAAAAAAAUGUAAAGAGUACAAUGCUUCUUUCUUCUUUUCAAACAAUAACAAUAUACGAGUCUUAGAUUUCGAAAAAGAAGUCUGAAUAUAAAAAGAAAAGCUGUAAAAUCCUUUAGUCGCGAGGGUUUUCAGCUUUUGAAUGUGCCUACAGCCAAGCAUCGCAGUGACGACUUACCCUCUCCAGAUCUGCAACCAUCAUCUUCAAUUUGCUGAAACUGCCACAGUCUCUCCUCCAUCUCAACCAUCACAGGAGACAUUUUCUCUGCUCCCUGCUUUUUGUCAAUCUCAGGACUGCAGUUUCUUUACUUUAAUGUAGAUUGGCUGUUUUUCAUUUGACCUUUCCUCUCUUAUGUACAAUGUUUGACAUAAGGAAAUAAAGCAGAUGACUUCUA